GGCCCCUCGGCCGCACCAUCGCCCCGUCGUCUUUAUUUGACGACGUGGAGCUCUUAUGCAGGCCCCUCGGCCACACCAUCGCCCCGUCGUCUUUAUUUGACGACGUGGAGCUCUUAUGCAGGCCCCUCGGCCGCACCAUCGGCCCGUCGUCUUUAUUUGACGACGUGGAGCUCUUAUGCAGGCCCCUCGGCCGCACCAUCGCCCCGUCGUCUUUAUUUGACGACGUGGAGCUCUUAUGCAGGCCCCUCGGCCACACCAUCGCCCCGUCGUCUUUAUUUGACGACGUAGAGCUCUUAUGCAGGCCCCUCGGCCACACCAUCGCCCCGUCGUCUUUAUUUGACGACAUGGAGCUCUUAUGCAGGCCCCUCGGCCGCACCAUCGCCCCGUCUUCUUUAUUUGACGACGUGGAGCUCUUAUGCAGGCCCCUCGGCCGCACCAUCGCCCCGUCGUGUUUAUUUGACGACGUGGAGCUCUUAUGCAGGCCCCUCGGCCACACCAUCGCCCCGUCGUCUUUAUUUGACGACGUAGAGCUCUUAUGCAGGCCCCUCGGUCGCACCAUCGCCCCGUCGUCUUUAUUUGACGACGUGGAGCUCUUAUGCAGGCCCCUCGGCCACACCAUCGCCCCGUCGUCUUUAUUUGACGACGUGGAGCUCUUAUGCAGGCCCCUCGGCCGCACACAUCGCCCAAUCGUCUUUAUUUGACGACGUGGAGCUCUCGUACAGGCCUCUCGGCCCAUCGGCCUUACGUUCUGAUCAUCUUUAUUUGAUGAACCAGACAUCAUAUUGUGGACGGUCGCUCGACCCAUCCCUUAGUCAUCUUUAUUUGAUGACUAGGACUACUGAUCAUGAUGAGCUACCCACAUCUGGAGAUCGGCCUCGACCAUCCAGCAGACGGGCACCGCUGCAGCUCCAUCUCCAAGCCGAAGGGCUCGCACCUUUUGUUUCAUUUUGGGGGCAUCCGGUGUACUCUUUUUCCCUCAUUAGGAUUUUUCCCACAGGGUUUUUCCUAAUGAGGUUUUUAACGAGGCAUCUCCCCAUCGUGGAUCAAAAGGUGUCAACCCUCGGCCCCCUGUUGAAGACAUCAUCCGACACGCAUUACUCUACUCCUCUUCACCUCAUUACACUCGCCUCAAGGAGUGGGGGACUGGGAGAGCGGGG